GGGCUCCGCGCGUCCUCCUUUUUGCACACACACGAAUACAAAGAGCCAUACGACCUUCGGAUCUCAGUGGGUCUUUUCGAGUCCCCUCUCUGCUCCUUAGGUUGGAGUGGUAGGAAGUUCCAUGCUUGUGUGCAGGAAGAACGCCUUCUACCCCCAAAACUGUGUUCAUCAGGGAGGCCUUUGUAGGCACCACGCUUUCAGUAAGGGGUGAAUGUGAUACCCAGUGUGUUGUGCUAGUAGAGCACAGGAUCUGCAGACAGAAGAAGGCAUCUACCUUCCUGUGCAGGACAAGGAGAAGCAGUCAUGGACUAUAUGUUCCUUCAUGGCUUGCAUACUCCUUCACAGAACACACUGCCUGGUGCCCAGGCUCCUCUGAUCACCCUCCAUGAGAAAGAAAAGUGAAUCCAAAGAGGCCAGUGCUUCCUACCAAACCCGUGAAGUCCAUUCGACAGGGGACAGCUUUGGGAGCAGGCCAGCAGUUUGAGCGUGGUUGUUCCUCAUUCCGUCAGCCAUGUCCUUCAGUGCCACCAUUCUCUUCUCCCCUCCCAGUGGCAGCGAGUCCAGAUGCUGCUGCUGUGCCUGUAAGAGCGAGACUAAUGGGGGCAGCACGGGCUCUCAGAGCGGGAAUCCUCCUCCUGGUACCCCUAUCACAGUAACUGGACAUGGCCUGGCUGUUCAAAGUUCAGACCAGCUCCUGCAUAUUAUCUACCAGCGGGUGGAUAAGGCAGUGGGCCUGGCUGAGGCUGCUCUGGGUCUUGCCAGGGCCAACAAUGAAUUGUUAAAACGUCUCCAGGAGGAAGUGGGUGAGUUGAGGCAAGGUCAAGUGUCCACCCCUGAUGAAGAUGGGGACAGCCGGGCACAUGGUUCACCACUUGAGGAACCUGGGUCUCUCAAGGAGAGCCCUGGGGAAGCCUGCAAGGCUGUGCCUACCGUGGAAGAGGAGUGUGACAGCGUGGGCAGCGGUGUGCAGGUGGUGAUCGAGCAGCAGCUGGGAGCGGCCCUGGCUGUAGGGCCGGGGCCUUUGGGCUUCCCAGCCACUCAGAGAGAUAUGCGGCUCCCGGGAUGUGCCCUGACUGCCAAUGAGGGGACCCCGAUGCUCAAUCCCCUGGUGGAUGAUUAUGUGGCCUCUGAGGGUGCAGUACAGCGAGUGCUGGUCUCUGCUUAUGCCAAGCAGCUCUCACCAGCCACACAACUGGCUAUCCAGCGGGCAACCUCAGAGACAGGGCCAGAAAAUGGAACCAAGCUGCCACUGCCUCGCCCCGAGGACAUGCUCAGUGCUGCCGCUGCGCUGGAAGGUGCCUUGGAAGAGUCAGGCCCAGGGGGAACUGGGGAGCUGAGACACUCUCUAGGGUUUACCGCUUCCCCAUGCAGGACCAGAGGGAGUGGGCAGAAGAACUCCAGGCGCAAGCGGGAUCUGGUACUCUCUAAAUUGGUCCACAAUGUGCAUAAUCACAUCACCAAUGACAAGAGAUUCAAUGGGUCUGAAAGCAUCAAAUCCUCUUGGAAUAUUUCAGUAGUGAAGUUCCUUUUGGAAAAGCUCAAGCAGGAGCUGAUGACCAGUCCCCACAAUUACACCGAUAAGGAGCUGAAAGGAGCCUGUGUAGCCUACUUCCUUACUAAGAGGCGUGAGUACCGCAAUUCCCUGAACCCCUUUAAAGGCCUGAAGGAAAAAGAGGAGAAGAAACUUCGAAGUCGCAGAUACCGGCUUUUUGCCAACCGAUCCAGUAUUAUGAGACAUUUUGGACCUGAGGACCAACGCCUAUGGAAGGAUGUGACAGAAGAGCUGAUGUCAGAUGAAGAGGACAGUCUUAAUGAGCCAGGUGUCUGGGUAGCCCGGCCUCCCCGUUUCCGGGCCCAGCGCCUCACAGAGCUCUGCUACCAUCUGGAUGCCAACUCUAAGCAUGGCACUAAAGCCAACCGUGUGUACGGGCCUCCCUCAGACCGAUUACCUUCUGCUGAGGCCCAGCUCCUUCCACCAGAACUUUACAAUCCUAAUUUCCAAGAAGAGGAAGAUGAGGGAGGUGAUGGAAAUGGACCUCUCUCUCUGUCGUUUGACCAGUCCCACAAAACCUGCUGUCCUGACUUGAACUCAUUCAUUGAAAUCAAGGUGGAAAAGGAUGAGUGAAAUCUAUAAUCAAGAGUAGCUGUGGCUUCUGCCACUCCUCAUGUCUCAGAAAAAGGUGGCUCUGGGCCUUCCCAGAAUACUGAGAUAUCCUCUGCAGUCCAAGAAACCAAGUCUGCCUCUUUUCUUACACUCCCUACAGGAAGUGGAAGCUGGCAGCUCUGGUGGAAUAAAAGGACUUAUCUGAAAGUGGGGAAACUGCUCCCCCCAAUUGUGAAUGGCAAGCUAGAAAAUUCCUAAGCAUAAACAGUGCCUCAGAAGAGCCUAGGAUGAGAAAAGGAGGAGGAUGUGUCUAAGAAACAUGAGACCUUCUCGACAUAUGCCCUGGUCUCUGAGGUUGUUUCUGUUGUUAUUUUUUUUGUUUGUUUCAUUCAAAGCUCUGGGGAAGCAGCUCUGGUUGCACCUCCUGCUUCCCAGGACUGCUGGUCUUGCUCUGCACUGGAAGCAGCACAGGACCAGUCCAGGGUAAUACUGCCACCCGGUGGGCAGUUUCAGUCAUGAGCUUGAUUCUUCUGAGCAGAACUGGGAGGGGCUCCAUCCCUUUUUGGGAUUUAGGAUUUAGAUUUAAUAACUUUAUUGAAUUAUAUAAAGCAGAUUUUACUACUUGCAUCUUACAUAUGAGGUAGUUAGGACUUAAAAAAUACCCAUGUCUCACUGGCACUUCUUUCCCAUUGUGUGACCAAACAGUAUAUAGGGCUCUGUAGCUAUUUCUUAGUCCUAUCAGCCAAGCAGUAUUUUGAGGAAGGGAUAUGUGUGUGUGCACGUGUGCACACACUAGUACACAAAAUUUGUGCAUUUUGAAUAGAUUGGGAAAUAAAAAUGGCUUUCUAUUCAGUCAUUCAUAUAACAAACACUGAUUGCUUACUAAGUGUCAGUUACCGUGCUAUAGAUACACUGUUCAUCAAGGUAGAUGCUGAUCAGAGGUUUUAUUAUCUAGUCAGAAAGCUAGGCAGUGAAAAAAAGUGUGCUAAGAGUGAUAAUGAAGGAGUGUAGGGUGCACUGGCAGUAUACAGCAGGGGUAGCUAACCUACUCUGGUGGUCUGGAAAGGCUUCUCAGAGUGGUGUUUAAACUGAUACCUGAAAGAUGAGGAGGAGUUAACCAGAAGAGAAGAA